AUGCCGAUCUCUGGUUUAGGCGAAUUGUCCACGCAAACACGCACCUUGGUAAAGGUGACUUUACAAUCAAGAAUCAAUGGAUUUCAAGUUAAUCUUGACUGUCUGGUGAUCGGGAAGAUUACGCAAAAUAUUCCAGUCAAUCGUCUGAGCUUGCAAGAACUUCGGAUUCCUGAGGGCAUUACAUUGGCAGACCCCGACUUUGACAAGCCAUCGCACGUGGACUUGCUACUAGGCGCUGAAGUAUUCUUCGAGUUACUAUGCAUCGGAAAAAUUAAAAUUGCAGAUGGUCAACCGACAUGGCAGAAAACGCUGCUAGGAUGGAUCGUGUCCGGCAGUUUAUUGGUCGAGCCACAAACAAGUAAGGCCACAAUUUGCGGCUUGGACGUCAAUGAGCAGCUUAAUGAGAAUCUCGCACGCUUCUGGCAGAUUGAGCACACGCAGCGGCAAAAUACGCGAACACCCGAGGAGCGCAUACGCGAAGGGCAUUUUGCGCAGACGUACACACGCAACUCCGAUGGAAGAUUUAAGGUAACGCUACCCACGAAGCAGGGGGAGCUGCACAAGUUAGGAGAGUCGCGGGAUAUUGCACUGCGGCGAUUUGGUGUCCUGGAGCGAAGAUUGGAGAGAGACCCUCAAUUGAAGAUGGUCUAUGCGAAUUUUAUUCACGAAUACCUUGAGUUAAAACAUAUGAGAGAGCUAAAAUCCGAGGACGCAGCAUGGUAUCGGCGGCCACAUUAUUACUUGCCACACCACUGCGUGAUAAAGGAAGCGAGCAAUACUACUAGACUGAGAGUGGUAUUUGAUGCAUCCAGCAAAACCACAUCUGGAUACUCUUUAAACGACGUCUUGAUGGUAGGUCCUGUUCUACAGCAGGAGUUAUUUUCAAUACUGGUACGUCUUAGAGGCUUCGAGUACGUCUUGACGGCAGACAUAGCCAAAAUGUACCGGCAGGUACUGCUGAAUGAAGCUCAGGUUUCUCUGCAGCGUAUUGUCUGGCGCGAUCAACCCAGUGAAGAUAUCAAGACUUACGAGCUAUUAACAUUGACUUACGGGACCGCUUCUGCAUCAUUUUUGGCAACCAAGGUUAUACAGCAGCUCGCCGAUUUGGAGGAGGAUCAUUUCCCCAAGGGCGCCGCGAUAGCCCGAAGAGAUUUUUACAUUGAUGAUUUAAUAACGGGCGCCAAUUCAAAGGAAGAAGCAAUAAUAAUUCGUGAUCAAACCAUAGCAUUGCUACAGAAAGGAGGUUUUACACUCAGAAAGUGGUCGUCCAACAGCCAAGAACUUCUGAAGGGUUUACCUGAGGCGUCCACAGAUAAUAACAUAUUGGAGCUGGACAAGGAUGGGACAGCGAAGACAUUAGGAAUAAAAUGGAACCCUGAAAAGGACGUAUUCCAGUAUACGAUCGCGUUGGAAACACCAGCACGAGGAGUUUGCACAAAAAGGUCCAUUCUGGCUAGCAUUUCCCAGAUUUUCGAUCCGCUCGGACUUUUGGGACCAGUUAUAGUCAACGCUAAGCUAAUAAUUCAAAAGCUUUGGAAACUAAAAAUCGAUUGGGACGAGUCCUUGCCAUCCGAAAUACACACGGAGUGGUUGGACUACGUCAUAAAAAUGCAAGAUCUCGGCGGAAUCGCCUACCCCGCAAGGCGAUCGGUUCCGGCACUAACUUACAGUUUGACCUUCACGGAUUCUGCGACGCAAGUGAACGAGCCUACGGCGCAUGCAUCUACAUACGGAGCAGCGAUACUCACGGUUUUAUACAAGCACAAUUAA